AUGGAUUCAUUUUGUAUUUUUUCACCUAAUGGUAAAUUAAUGAUUGAACAAAUUUUUAAUAAUAAGAUAAAAAAUAAUCUAGAAUAUGAUUUAAAAGAAAUAAUAACUAGUAAGAAACAUAAUAAAGAUUAUUACCUAAUUUUAAAUAAUGAAAAUGAAACUCAAUUUUUAAAAAAAAAUGAAAAUAACUUUGUUUAUUUAAUUAAAAAGGAUGAUUUACUAUUUAUUUCUCUAAAAAAAAAUGAAAAUAAUCCCAUUUUAAUAAUUGAAAUGACUCAAGAAUUAAUUAAAAAUUUAAAAAAAUAUUUUAACACAGAUAAAUUAAAUGAAAAUAUAUUAAUAAAUAAUUAUUCUAUCGUAAAUUUUUUAAUUAAUGAAAUUUUAGUACAAGGGAGACCUAGUUUAUUUAUUGAUGAAAUUUUAAAAAUUUUAGUAAAAAAUGAAUUUUCCUUCUUAAAUGAAACAUUGAAAUUUUCUCCUAUACCCAAUAAUAUAUAUAAUAUGAUAACUCAAAAAAAAAAUAAUCUUAUAAAUAAUUUGAAUAAUGAAAAUAACAUAAAUUAUAGUUAUAGUAAUGGAAAUUCUGUUAAUUCUAAUGAUUCUAUGCACAUAUAUUGGAGAGUUAAUAAUAAUAAUGUUUCAUCUAAUGAAAUUUAUAUUGAUGUAAUUGAAAAUGUAAACUGUAUAGUUAAUAAAUUUAAUAAAAUCAUACAUUAUUGUGUUGAAGGAAAUGUUGUUAUUAAUGCGACAGUUAAAGGAUCUCCUUUAAUUAAAUUAUAUAUCAAUAAUAUUGAUUUAAAUAAAUGUAAUUUUCAUUUUACUGUUAAUUAUUCAAAAUUAAUUAAUAGAAAAAAAUUAAAAAAAGAUGAAAAUGUAAUAUAUUUUGUUCCAUUAAGUCACGAAUUUGUUCUUCUACAAUAUUUUUAUUUUCAUGUAUUAAAAGAGAAUGUAGAAAAAAAGUUUCCCCAUUUUAAUCCAUCUGAACAGUUAACUAAUGUGUUGAACUUAAAGAAUAUAAAAUCUGCAUAUAUUAAUAAUGAUAUAUGUGAUAAAACAAAUAAAAAGAAUAGCUUAAAGGAAGAUGAAUAUAGAAAAAAUGAUGAUAAAGAUAAAAAAGAAUUACAUUCUGAUAAUGAAAAAGGAUAUGAAGGGAAAACUUUUGAAAUAAAAAAUUCUAAGAAAGAAUAUUAUGAAAAAAAUGACAAUGAAUAUAUAUAUAAUAAUAAGGAACAGGAAAAAUAUGAUUACAUUAAUUUAAGUAAUUCUAUUGGAGAAAAACUAUUAUGUGUGUAUGACAAUGUAAGUGAAAAUAAUGACAUCAGUUUAAAUAAUGAUAAUAAUAUUUUAUUUGAUGAAGAAAAUGAAGAAUGCAAAUUACCUCUUAAUGUUAAAGGUGAUGUAAUUUUUACUUCAGCUGAGAAUAUGUACAAAAUUAAAAUAAAUGUAAUUUUAAAUAAUAUAAAUACAAAAAGUAAUAGCAACCAACUAUUAAAUAGUUAUGAAAAUAUUUUACUUAAAAUUCCUAUUCAUAAUUUUAUAAGUUCUAUUAAUUUUCAUUGUUCAUUGGGAAAAUUAAAUUAUAAUGAAAAAGCAAGUUGCUUAUUUUGGUAUAUUCAGAGCAUUACUGAUAAGAAUAUUCCUAUCUCUACUAAUAUAUCUUUAUAUUUAAAAUCUAAUAAAAACAAUUACAAUUUGAGUCAUAUUAUUUAUCCUUCAUUUAAUUUUGUUGUUUAUGUUAGUUUAAAAAUUAAUGGAAUCUCAAUUACAAGAAAAAGAAUUGAAAAAAUUGAUAUUCAGAAUUCCAAAAAUUUAGAUAUUCGUAAAGGAUGUAGAUAUACUACUUAUUUCAAUAAUAUAGAAUUUAGAAUAUAA